AUGCCCUCCGGAGAUGCAUCACGUGCCUCGAGCCCGCUCGCUGAAGGCAGAGACGUGAGUGGCCAUGGUCUUCUUCCCGCCUUCGGGAGCACGCUCGAAGACGGGGAACCCGCUCGACGAAGCAGCCACGAUGGCCAGCCCGGCGUGGACGAGGGCGAGGGGCAGGCGGAAAGAGCAAAGGACAAGCCCGUCACAUGGAGCUCACUCCCGCGAAAAGACCAGCUGAUGAUCCUGACACUGGCCAGGCUGUCGGAGCCUCUGACGCAGACGUCGCUCCAGGCCUACAUGUUCUAUCAGCUGAAGUCGUUUGACCCGUCGCUGCCCGACUCGACCAUUGCUUCGCAGGCCGGCAUCCUACAGGGCGCUUUCACCGCCACCCAGUUCGUGACUGCCGUCCUCUGGGGCCGUGUCGCUGAUGCCGAGUGGGCGGGCCGGAAGAAGGUCAUCCUCAUCGGCCUCUUGGGCACCGCCAUCUCUGCCCUCGGCUUUGGCUUCUCCAAGAGCUUCGUCACGGCCGUCGUCUUCAGAUGCCUUGGAGGGAUGCUCAACGGAAACAUUGGAGUGAUGCGGACCAUGAUCGCCGAGAUCAUCAAGGAGAAAAAGUACCAGUCGCGCGCCUUUCUCCUCCUGCCCAUGACAUUCAACAUUGGCGUCAUCAUCGGCCCAGUCCUUGGCGGCCUCCUCGCCGACCCAGCAGCCAACUAUCCGUACCUGUUCGGCCCAGGCUCGCUCUUCGGCGGCAGGAACGGCGUGGGCUGGAUGACGGAAUGGCCGUACGCCCUGCCAAACCUCGUCAGCGCCGUCUUCCUCUUCUGCUCCUCCAUGGCCAUCCUCUUUGGGCUCGAGGAGACGCACGAAGCCCUCCAGGGCAAGCCAGACUUCGGCAUCCGCCUGCGGCGCUGGCUCUCGCGCAACGUGCUGCGUCGUCUCCGCCGGCGCAGCCACCCCCCAGGCGACUACUACCAGCCCGUGCCCACCGACGACCGGCCGCACACCCCCGACCAGCAGCCCACCGACAUCGAAAUGGCAACCACGCCCCUCACCCCCAGCAGCAGCGACAACAGCAACAACAACAUCGCCACCCAGACCCCACGCCGCAACCGCCGCCGCCCCACCCUCCCCUUCCACCGCAUCUGGACGCCCCAAGUCCUGCUCACCUUCCUCGCCCACUUCCUCCUCGCCCUCCACCUCGGCACCCUCAACAGCCUCUGGUUCACCUUCCUCUCCACCCCGCGCUUCGACCCCUCUUCUUCCCCCUCGCCGCAACGCCCACCCCUCCACUUCACCGGCGGCCUCGGCCUGCCCCCCUCCCGCAUCGGCGCCGCCCUCGCCAUCCUCGGCGCCAUCGGCAUCGCCCUCCAGCUCUCCCUCUACCCCCGCAUCGCCACGCGCGUCCCGACAACGACGUCGUUCCGCCUCUCCCUGCUCCUCUUCCCCAUCGCCUACACCCUGAUCCCCUUCCUCGCCCUCAUCCCAACAUCAACCCCAACCCCGUCCUCCGGUCCUACUACCGCUCCCGCUCCCGCUACAUCCGCAGACCCCCCCCUCCUCUGGCCCGCCAUCGCCGCCGCCCUCCUCGUCGUCGUCGCCGGCCGCACGUUCGCGCUGCCCGCCGCGGCGAUCUUGGUGAACAAUUCGUGUCCGCAUCCGAGCGUGCUGGGGACGGUGCACGGCGUGGCGCAGUCGGUCAGCAGCGGCGCAAGGACGCUGGGGCCGGUCGUGGGCGGGUGGGUGUUUGGGAAGGGGUUGGAGUUGGGCGUGGUGGGGUUGGCGUGGUGGGGGCUCGCGGGCGUGGCGGCGGGGGGAGCGGUGGUGGGGGGGUUUGUGAGGGAGGGUGGUGACCAUAAUAGGAGGGGGGGGUGGGGGGGGGAGGGGGGUGGUGAUGGGGAUGGGGAGGAGAAGGAGGGGGAGGAAGAGGGGGACGGGGACGGGGAAGGGGAGGAAGAGGGGGAGGGCGGUGGGAGUGAGGUAGCUGUUGGGAGGGAGGUGGUGAGGAAGUGA